ACUCGUUUGAGUUGACCACUCUUCGCCAGUGGCAGCACUCGUAUUCCCACUUCCAAGUUCACAACAAGCGUGGUGAGUCUGUCCUGUCACCUGAUCACCAUCAGAACCUGAUUACGCUUCCACAACUCCCUAAGGCAAUUACCCCGAAAAACAUCGUGUAGCCUACAGAAGAACAAGAUUUCACUACAGUAGAAACACCGCUGCCAUUUCUAAUGUCAGAUAAACCAGCGCCACCGCUGAAGGCGGAAAGAAAGAAGUGCUGGGACGCACGUGACCUCUUCUGGAAAUGUCUCGACGAAAACGGCGGAGAUAGUGGAAAAUGCAAACAGUGGCGGAAAGGGUAUGAGGAGGCGUGCCCCGCGUCAUGGGUUACCCACUUUGACAGAAAAUGGAAGUUUGACAAAUACAAGCAAAAACUGGAAACUGAGGGAUACGAACCAAUAACGGAUUCAAAAGCAACAUGACAGGCCACUAUCUAGAGGCAUUUUAUACAUGUUAUUUCGUUUAACAAUGAUUUACGUCGACGUUGUAUUGCAAACUUUAUGAUUCCACCAGAAACAAUUCAUUCAGAUUCCAUGCAAGAAAAUUAUGCCAUGUAAUUUUAGCAAAUCAGCAUCAUUUAUUUACCUGGAAUUACACUUGAACAAGUUGUGAUAAUACAAUUGUUGGAGUAACUAAUUUGACUAAAGCCCUACAGUCUUGAAUAUUGUAAAUUAUAAGAAACAAGAAAUAAACUAGUUUAUGACAUAAGA